CCCAGUAUUCACGACACAAGAGUAAACAACAACUUUACGGUAGUAAACAUGGCUUCCCACUUCAGCGGAGUCUUGCAGCUAACAGAUCUCGAUGAUUUUAUCACUCCUUCUCAGGAAUGUGUUAAACCAGUCAAAGUAGAGAAGAAACAGGGUAAAUCUGUGGCCAAAAUCCAAAUAGAAGAUGACGGCAGCUAUGUGCAGGUCAACCAGGAUGGUGGGAAGCAGAAGCUGGAGAAGGCCAAGAUCACACUGAACGACUGUCUGGCCUGCAGUGGCUGUAUCACCUCGGCUGAGAGUGUCCUCAUCACUCAGCAGAGCCACGAGGAGCUUUUAAAAGUGCUGCGCAACAACAAGAUUAACGAAGCAGAAAAGAAGAUUGUAGUUGUGUCGGUGUCGCCUCAGUCCAGAGCCUCCCUGGCAGCUCACUACAACCUCAGCAGCAGUGAGGCAGGCAGGAGGCUCACAGCUUACCUCAAAAACCUGGGGGUUCAUUGCGUGUUUGACACCAGCUUCAGUCGGACCUUCAGUCUGUUGGAGAGUCAGAGGGAGUUUGUGGAGCGUUUCCAUCGGAAGGAGCAGGACAGCAAGGCCGUUCCCAUGCUGACGUCUGCAUGUCCAGGUUGGAUCUGCUAUGCUGAGAAGACACACGGAGACUACAUUCUUCCAUACAUCAGUACCACUCGCUCCCCGCAGCAGGUGAUGGGCUCCCUGGUUAAAGGAUAUUUCGCAAAACAACAGGGCCUGAGUCCACAGCAGAUCUACCACGUGUGUGUGAUGCCCUGCUUUGACAAGAAACUCGAAGCCUCUCGCUCCGACUUCUACAUGAGCGACGCAGAGACCCGAGAAGUGGACUGUGUCAUCACAUCAGGAGAGGUUCAGAGGAUGAUGGAGGAGGAAAAUGUGUCCCUCUCGGAUGUUGAGCCUGCAGCUCUGGAUACAAUGUUCAGCAGCGUGUGUGGGGAUGAGUUUCUGAGCCAUGCUGGGAGUGGCUCUGGAGGUUACCUCCAUCAUGUGUUCACCCAUGCUGCUAAACAGUUGUUUGGAGAGGAGGUGAAGGAGCUCACCUAUAAAACGCUCAGGAAUAAAGACUUCCAGGAGGUGAGACUAGAGAAGGACGGAAACGUCCUCCUCUGUUUUGCCUUGACCUAUGGUUUCCGCAACAUUCAGAACCUGGUGCAGAAACUCAAGAGAGGAAAGUGUCCCUACCACUUUGUAGAAGUCAUGGCCUGUCCGUCAGGUUGUCUAAACGGUGGAGGUCAGGUGAAACCCUCAGCUGGUCAGAACCAAAAGGAGCUUCUUCAGAAGGUGGAGGAGCUCUACAGGGUGGACCGCCCCCUGGUGCCAGAAAGUGACCCUCGUGUGGCUGACCUGUACCACAGCUGGCUGAACAGUUUGGGAGAAGACGGUGCGAAAGAGCUGCUGCACACGCAGUACCAUACGGUGGAGAAGAUGACCAACGGGCUCACCAUGAAGUGGUGAUUAGUCUUUGUUUGCAGGUGUUGUAAAUCUGGACAUCUGUCUCUUCAGAGACGAGUUGUUUGACUUAUGUGAUGUCCUUUAAAUGACCUUCUCCUGUGUGCCUGAUAAACCCUGUGAUUUAUGAUUAUUAGUAAAUAAUUCUUGUCUGUGUGCUGCCUGUUACUAAGGAACAGACACAUAAAUUUUCUAUUUAAGGAUCGAUGUAAAUACACUCUAAAAAAUAAAAACCUUAUUUAACUACAA